AUGUCGGCAGACAAACUCCCUGCAUAUUCGCCGCCGACCUUUGUGUCGACUAUCUACGCCCCUCUAGUGCAUCCCGACGCGAUACGGGUGUUGAUCCUUUACCCCGCCGUUCGCCACGAUGCCGAAAUUCAGUGCAGGCUACUGUCGACAGAGAUAUCCACUUGCCAAGAGCUCAAUGAGUCAUACGUAGCAUUGUCGUAUGUCUGGGGAGAUCUGAGCGAUCCUCAACUUGUUCAAGUCAAUGGACAAGGGGUUUAUAUCGGAUCCAACCUUUCAGAAGCACUCCGUCAUCUCCGCCGUCGAGAUCGUCCGAUACGGCUUUGGGCAGACGCAUUAUGUAUCAACCAAUACGAUAUUGCCGAGCGAAACCAUCAAGUUCAUCAAAUGCGAAACAUCUAUUCCUCCGCUUUUGAGACGAUCAUUUACCUUGGCUCUGAUGAUGGCAGCAACACAACAUUUUCGGCAUGGAAUUUCCUCGAAAGAAAAAGCGAGUGGGCACUAGACAAAAAUGGCAACGAAGAUUUCAAGCUGCCUUCCGCGCUUGAGGAGAAUACGAUCCACUUCAGAGGAGACCUAGCUGAUGUGGAAAUUAGUGUUCUCAAACAGUCGUGGUUCCUGCGCGUUUGGGUUCUCCAGGAAGUCGUCGUCUCGAGAAAGGUGUCAGUGCAGUGUGGCCAUCGAAGGAUUCCUUGGAACGACUUCUGCAAGAUUAUUCUCCUGAAUCAACGAUACCACGAUCGUUAUGGAUACAGCUUGCGAGCCGCCGACAGAGUUAACAUUGUUCGCGACAUGUUCCAGGCCCGAUGCGCUUACCAAGAGUCACAUGAUAUGGCCCAUCUUCGACCCUCCUGGCACACCAGUGUUACCAACUACGGUGGCAGAAGCGCACAUAUCAUUGAUAUGCUUGUCAGAGCUCGUCAACUCGAAGCAUCGGAUCCUCGUGACAAAAUCUUUGCCCUCUUAGGGAUCUCGACGAGUGUGGACGCCGACAACAAAUUGGUGGCUGUCGAUUACGACAAACCCAACGCAAAGGUCCAGGCCGAUUUGGCCCGCUACAUGAUGGAGGAAAAUAUGAGUUUCGAUAUGUUGAGCUAUGUCAAUCACUCUGUCAACGUAUACUCAUCGUUGAAAGGUUGUGAUGAAGCUGGCACACUUCCUUCCUGGGUUCCCGACUGGGAUGGAAGCCAGGUCGCUCGCAACCUCAAAUUGACGAAAGUCACCGAUGAUGUCGAAUGGGAAUGGGAACCCUUGAGCGGAACAGCCACCGCCACCAACGUUAUCUGUCCAACGAUCUUAAGUUACCUGGAGGAAGAGGAAGAGGAAGACCGUAAAAGGCGUCAAGAUAUAUCCUCAAAGAGCAUGGCGUGGAUCAAUGACAACAUGACUCUGGUGUUGACUGGUUCUAUUAUCGGCAGAAUAGCACAAGUCGGGCCAGCUGUCAAGCUUCGGGGAAGAGACGAGCUCUCAUUUCAAGCCAUCAGGGACCGGAUUGAUGAUCGCCAAGAAAUGCGACGAGCAAUUAUCAGAAGAUGGACCGGCUUUCUUGUCCAGAGAAGCAGGAAAAACUUGGAUGAUACCCACAAUGAUCCAAGAUCAAUCGUUGGCCCAUUGCCACUGAUUGAGACUGCCCUCCAAUCAUUAGAUGAUGAUCCAGAUCUGGGACCUCAUACAAUUGAAAGUCACAUGUUUGCCAGAGGUCGGCAGACAGCUGCUUGGUCCGGAGAAGGUGGCCAGAUUAUUAACCAAGUGACCGACAGGACAAGCACGAUCGAGAACAAGCGAAUCGGUGUCUUUGUGAGCUUAAUCGACCCAAUUUCCGAGUUCCGAAGAAUCAUACUACCAAAUGGGUCAAAGAAGGAUGAUCUGAUCGUUUCAAUUCGUGGAGCACGAGUACCAUUUGUUGUCCGUGUGGCGGACGGAAAUGCGAUAUCUCAGUACGAACUCGUCGGGGAGUGUUUGAUCAAUGAAUUCCGGGCAAACUUUUCCCAAGACAAUAAGUGGAUAACCAUGGCAUUUCGAUGA